AUGGCGGGAAGUGGAACACGUGGCAGCGCUUGGUUGGCUGGACGGCGUGGUGUGGUCGCCUUAGCAGCAGUGCUGGUGGCAGCAGUUCUGUUCGAGGUUACUGAUGCUCAAGACCCCAACUGGCGCCAGCUCUACCCCUACAUCCGCGAUGCCGCCACCUUCACUCCCCCGCCCACCUCCACCCUCUCCGCAUCCCCCCUCCCCUCCGCGGCCCCGCCCACGUUCGACUACAUAGUGGUGGGAGGCGGUGCAGUGGGGUGCCCUCUGGCCGCCACGCUCUCUAAAGGCUUCUCCGUGCUGCUGCUGGAAAGAGGAGGCGUGCCCUACGACCAGCCCUCGGUGUACCGAAGGGAGGCUUUCCCCUACGUGCUCAGCACGAGGGCGUCGGUGCCCUUCCGGUCGGAGGAUGGAGUGUGGAACCGGAGAGGCAUCGUGCUGGGCGGUGGCAGCUCUGUCAACGCUGGCUUCUACAGUCGGGCAUCAGCGGAUUUCGUCCAGGCAGCAGGGUGGGACCCUGUGAGGGUGCGCCAGUCAUUCGAGUGGGUGGAGGAGAGAAUCGCGUUUGUGCCGCAGCAGCAGCCGGGCGGGUGGCAGCAGGCGUUCAGGGAUGGCAUGCUGGAGGCGGGAUUAGGGCCGUGGAGAGGACAAACACCAGAGCAUGUCAUUGGGACCAAGCUCGCCAACAGCAUAUUCGACAGCAACGGCACGCGCAGGACAGCAGCGGAUCUGCUCAAGGCGGGGGACCCAUCCCGGCUGACGGUGCUCGUGUAUGCCACGGUGCAGCGCAUUCUACUGGACGUCUCGACUGGCACCCCGAGGGCAGCAGGCGUUGUGUUCACAGACAGCACCAACCGCCGCCACAUCGCUAGGCUAAACCCGGGAGGGGAAGUCUUAUUAGCAGCGGGGGCGCUGGGGUCCCCGCAGCUGCUGCUGCUGAGCGGGCUGGGCCCACGGGAGAAGCUGGAUCCGCUUGGGGUGCCGGUGGUGGCGGAGGUGCCGGGCGUGGGCGUGAACGUGACUGAUGUUCCGAUCAAUGGCAUCAACGUGCUGUCUCCCAGGCCUGUUGAGGAGUCGUCUUUGCAGUUCGUGGCAGUGACACCGGAGGGAAACAUCAUAGAGGGAGCAUCGGGGUCGAACCACACUCUGAGCUGGGCGGGAGCAGGCGAGCUCAACACAGCCCCGCCCAUGAACCGCACGGGCGAGACAGAGGCGAUGAUCGAAGCAAUGCUGCCUUUCAUCCCCGGUGUUAUUCAAGAUGCUCUCAACCAUGCCGGCUUCAUUCUGCACAAGGUCUACCUGCCGGCCUCUCGAGGCUCCCUCACCCUCGCGUCCCUCAAUGCCUCAGACAACCCCAUCGUGCGAUACAACUACUUCUCCCAUCCCCAGGACGUCGCCACGUGUGUGAGGGGAGCGCAGCUGCUCACCAAGAUAGUCACCUCCACUGCCAUGGCGCCUUUCCGCUACGAUACCCCGCCUGUUGCUCUGUUUCUCCUUGACCCAUCUGCCGCACUCGUCACACCAGGAAACUACCGGGGAGCGUCACCUGCUCUCCCAGACGUCUCCAACUUCACAGCAUCUGCCCAGUGGUGCAAGGACACGGUGACUGUGAUUUGGCAUUUCCACGGGGGCUGUCACAGGGGCGUGUGUGUGGACAGCAGCUAUCGCGUGAAUGGGGUGCAGGCGCUGCGAGUGGUGGAUGGGUCGACGUUUCUCACCUCCCCCGGGACUAACCCCAUGGCAACGUGCCUCAUGCUCGGAAGGUUUAUUGGUCUGAACCUUCUUGAAGAAAGGGGCUUCAACGUUUCAGCUGCAUAA